AGCACCCAACAGGCUAGGACCGCCCCUGGCUGCAAGCACGUGUUUGGUCACGAAGGUGUAACGGGCAAACACGCACACAAGGACGCGCACGCACGGUUGUUGCUCACAGGUAACCAGGUGAGAGACUCCCACAGUUUAUCUGAGAGGCACCGGCGACAACGAGGCCAUGGAGUUCGAGGAGUCGAGUAUCGGAGAGGAGUGCGGAGUGUUCGGGUGCGUCGCUGCCGGAGAGUGGCCCACACAGCUGGACGUGGCUCAGGUCUUAACUUUGGGCUUGGUGGCGUUACAGCACAGGGGGCAGGAAUGUGCUGGGAUUGUCACAAGUAAUGGAGCCAGUCCACCCACAUACACAACACACAAGGGAAUGGGAUUAGUGAGCACAGCUUUUCCACCCGAGGCUCUCACCAAACUGCGCUAUGGUAACCUCGGCAUUUGCCACACAUGCUAUUCAACUACUGGGAUCUCAGAGCUGCAGAACUGCCAGCCCUUUGUGGUGGAUACACUGCAUGGCAAGAUAGCUGUAGCUCACAAUGGAGAGCUGGUUAAUGCCCAUGCCCUGCGGAAAAAGGUGAUGCGCCAUGGCGUCGGCCUCUCCACCAGCUCAGACAGCGAGCUCAUCACCCAGCUGCUGGCACUGACUCCACCUAUGGAGGAGCUAGACUCACCUGACUGGGUUGCCAGAAUUAAAAACCUCAUGACUGAAACACCAACAUCAUACUCACUGCUGGUCAUGUUCAAAGAUGUCGUCUAUGCGGUUCGUGACCCUUAUGGAAACAGGCCGCUGUGCAUUGGGCAGCUUGUUCCCAUCUCCAAACUACACAGUCCAGGCGCUCAAGAGGAAGAUACUGAGGGCUGGGUUGUGUCAUCAGAGUCGUGCAGCUUCCAGUCUAUUGGUGCCAAGUAUUACAGGGAGGUCUUGCCAGGAGAGAUAGUCCAGAUAUCCAGACAUGGUGUCACGUCUCUGAGUGUUGUGCCCCGGCCUGAGGGAGGCCUCCCAGCCUUCUGCAUUUUUGAAUAUGUUUAUUUUGCCAGACCGGAUAUUUUUGAAGGGCAGAUGGUUUAUACUGUCAGACAGCGCUGUGGGCGACAGUUGGCCGUCGAGUCUCCGACAGAUGCAGACGUUGUCAGCACUGUGCCAGAGUCUGUGACCCCUGCUGCUCUGGGCUACGCUCAGCAGUCUGGUCUUCCAUACGUUGAAGUUCUGUGUAAGAACUGAUAUGUUGGAAGAACCUUUAUCCAGCCAAAUACCCGCUUGAGGCAGCUAGGAGUGGCCAAGAAGUUUGGAGCAUUGACGGACAACUUUGCUGGGAAACGAGUGGUGCUCAUUGAUGACUCCAUCGUCAGAGGCAACACAAUUUCCCCCAUUAUCAAAUUGCUGAAGGAAGCAGGGGCAAAAGAGGUGCACAUCAGGGUGGCUUCUCCACCAGUCAGGUUCCCCUGCUACAUGGGCAUCAACAUCCCAACCAAGGAGGAGCUCAUCGCCAACAAGCCGGAGUUUGAGGACAUUGCUGGUUAUAUUGGUAUUUAAACAUGAACUUCUACCAUUCAUUUCCUUGACAGGUCAGAAAAAAAAACUUGUGUUAAUGCUAAAGCUGUUUACAGGUGCUGACAGUGUCAAAUUAUUUAUAACCACCUAUGUAAUCUUGAUAUUUAAAAUGGAACAAUUUGUAUAUAUUAGUGCUAUUUAUUAAAUUUGUAAACUGUAACAUAUAGUGUAUUUUAAUAGUUUACUUUGUUGCUGUCUUGGAGCAGCUGUAAUCUCC